ACAUGCACUGGGAGGGGGGCUACCUCUCGCUCUCUCUCUUUCUCUCUCUCUCUUUCUCACUCUCUCUCUCGGUAUCACUGCAGAGCUGAGCCGCAGAGGCAGCAGAGGCAGAGAGAAGAGAGAGUUCUAACUCCCAAUCAGUAAGACACAGGCAGACAGGCACACAGACUGACUGACAGACACACUGCCGGACCAUCAUGGACUGGAUCAAGACAGAGAAACCCGCCUCCGGAUGAGACAGGACGGCCUGGCUUCUGUUUUUUGGGGGGACUCUGCUAAAGAUUCGUGGAAUAACCGACAACCUUUUGGGAGAUUUAACCCCGUGCUUCCCGUGAUGGAAUAUUUACGCUCUUCUCAUUUUCUAAUUUUUCUCCUCUUCUCUUCCUCCUCCUUUUCUUCAUCCAUCACUUCCACCUCCCGUGCUUCAUUCUCUCACAUUUUGACACGCUGUUGAAGAUGCGCCCGAAUGCGUCUUUUGCGCACUUCCAUUGCGACCGUCACUGACAGCGCCCGUUCUUUAUAACAUUUUCAAUUGCUUUCUUUCUUUCUUUUUUGUAUACAUUUAUUAAAAACACGAGAGAGGGGAGGAAGAAAGAGAAAGAGAGAGAGAGAGGUGUGAAUUGAAUUGAACGCGGUGCUGGUCUCAUGUUUCUUGCCUAGGGCCCGGAUGUACCGAGGGAUGCACCGGUGCGUUUUCCCAGCCGGUUCCGCCGAAAGCUCCCUCUUUUUUCUCGCCUUCACCUCCAUCAUGGGGAUUAGGUAAUAUUCACUCCAUCGGAAGAAACCCUCCCCAUAAACAAAAACAACGGAAUACCCAAAACUGUCCGUGUCAGACAGUUAUUUCUUCUUUCCUCCCCUCUUCUUUAAUUUCUUUAUUUUUUGGGGGCUUUCCCCCCCUCUUGUUAUUUUCCUCUCCAGCUUUUCCCCCUCUCUCUCUUCCAUUUACCUAUAGGGAUAACGCCGGACUACAUUUAUGGUAAAUGAAAGCAAAAACAUGUACAUCCCGGAGGACACCCUUGAGAACCAUCAAGGCUCCGACUACUCUCCCCCUCCCCCUCUUCCUCGACCUCCUCCACCUGGCCUGACCAAUGAGCACAGUGGUGGCACUAGCCAUGGCGACCAUGGUGGAGGAGGGGGCGGGGUCAACCAUGGAGUGGGCGUGGUUGGUCUGGCUCCAGAGCACAUCCCCACACCGGGGGCAGCCCUGAGCUGGCAGGCGGCGAUCGAUGCCGCGCGGCAGGCGAAGAUGAUGGGUAAUGCCGCAUCGGGUGGAGGGGCGGGACCAUUUGAGAUCAUCAUCCUGAUGACAAUUUUUGCCAACUGUGUGGCCUUAGCUGUCUACAUCCCCUUUCCCGAGGAUGACUCGAACGCCACCAACUCCAACUUGGAGCGUGUGGAGUAUCUGUUCCUCAUCAUUUUCACGGUGGAGGCGUUCCUGAAGGUAAUAGCCUACGGCCUGCUCUUCCACCCCAACGCCUACCUGAGGAACGGCUGGAAUCUGCUAGACUUCAUCAUUGUAGUUGUAGGGUUAUUCAGUGCAAUCUUGGAGCAGGCCACAAAAGGGGACGGGGCUACUCCUAUUGGAGGGAAAGCGGCGGGCUUUGAUGUCAAGGCUCUGAGGGCAUUCAGAGUACUCAGACCCCUCAGACUGGUCUCUGGAGUACCGAGUUUACAGGUAGUGUUGAACUCCAUAAUCAAAGCCAUGGUUCCUCUGCUCCAUAUCGCCCUGCUGGUCCUCUUUGUCAUCAUCAUCUAUGCCAUCAUCGGUCUGGAGCUCUUCAUGGGAAAGAUGCACAAGACCUGCGUUCAUAACCUAACAGCCACUAUUGCAGAGGAAAAGCCAGCACCAUGUGCACCUGAUGGAGCUUAUGGUCGACAUUGCAAGCAUAAUGGAACACAGUGCAGAGUUGGGUGGGAGGGCCCAAACGACGGCAUCACAAACUUCGACAACUUUGCCUUUGCCAUGUUAACGGUGUUCCAGUGUAUAACCAUGGAAGGCUGGACGGACGUGCUGUACUGGAUGCAGGAUGCUAUGGGCUAUGAGCUGCCAUGGGUCUAUUUUGUCUCUCUUGUCAUCUUCGGCUCUUUUUUCGUUCUCAAUCUCGUUCUGGGAGUGUUGAGCGGAGAGUUUUCCAAGGAGAGAGAGAAGGCCAAGGCGCGCGGUGACUUCCAGAAACUCAGAGAAAAACAACAACUGGAGGAAGACCUCAAGGGCUAUUUAGACUGGAUCACUCAAGCUGAAGACAUUGACCCAGAGAAUGAAGAGGAGGGCAUGGACGACGAGAAACCCAGAAAUCUGAGCAUGCCAGCCAGCGAGAAUGAAUCAGUCAACACAGACAACGCCCCCGGGGGAGACGUAGAGGGUGAGACUUGCUGUACCCGGCUGGCAAUUAGGAUCUCCAAAUCCAAGUUCAGCCGCUACUCCCGGAGGUGGAACAGGCUGUGUCGAAGGAAAUGCCGGGCAGCAGUCAAAUCACAAGUUUUCUAUUGGCUGGUCAUAUUCCUGGUUUUCCUCAACACUCUGACCAUUGCCUCUGAACAUCACCAGCAGCCUCAGUGGCUAACUGAUGUACAAGACAUAGCCAAUAAGGUUUUGCUAGCGCUCUUUACUGGUGAGAUGCUGUUGAAGAUGUACAGUCUGGGCCUGCAGGCCUACUUUGUUUCACUCUUCAAUCGGUUCGACAGCUUCGUAGUAUGUGGAGGGAUCCUUGAAACCAUUCUGGUGGAAACAAAAAUCAUGUCUCCUCUUGGCAUCUCUGUGUUACGUUGUGUACGCUUACUCCGAAUCUUCAAAAUAACCAGAUAUUGGAACUCUUUGUCCAACCUGGUGGCAUCCCUGCUGAACUCUGUCCGCUCCAUCGCUUCCCUGCUGCUCCUGCUGUUCCUCUUCAUCAUCAUCUUCUCCCUGCUGGGCAUGCAGCUGUUUGGGGGAAAAUUCAACUUUGACGAGACCCGACGAAGCACGUUUGACAACUUCCCCCAGUCUCUGCUCACUGUGUUUCAGAUCCUGACCGGAGAGGACUGGAACUCUGUGAUGUAUGAUGGUAUCAUGGCGUACGGUGGUCCAGCUUUUCCUGGCAUGCUAGUUUGCAUCUACUUCAUCAUCCUCUUCAUCUGUGGAAACUGUAUCCUACCACAACAGGAGGUCCCCAUUGUCACAAAGCACUUGCUCAUAGGGAAUCUUUUGGUUAAGGGAAGAUGCUAGAGUUGAGGAUCUUCUUGUUCUCUCUCCUUCUCCAGGCUUGGCAGUCCAGAGAAGCGUCAUGAAAAUGAGAAGCCGCCUCUGGAGGAAGAGAAGAAGGAGAAAAUAGAGCUGAAGUCCAUUACUUCUGAUGGGGAGACCAACACUGCUACAAAGAUUAACAUGGAUGACUGCUGUGGGGAUGAGAGCGAAGAGAAGAAUCCAUAUCCCGCCAAUGAUUAUAUAGGAGAUGAAGACGAUGAUGAGCCAGAGAUGCCUGUGGGCCCGAGGCCACGGCCCCUCUCUGACAUUCAGCUGAAGGAGAAGGCUGUCCCCAUGCCUGAGGCCCGAGCUUUCUUUAUCUUCAGCCACACCAACAAGUUCAGGGUUCUCUGCCAUAAGGUUGUCAACCACAACAUCUUCACCAACCUCAUCCUCUUCUUCAUCCUGCUCAGCAGCAUCAGUCUAGCGGCAGAAGACCCUGUCAAAAAUGACUCCUUCAGAAAUAAGAUCCUGGGCUAUGCAGAUCAUGUGUUUACUGGACUCUUCACCAUCGAGAUCAUUCUUAAGAUGACAGCCUAUGGCGCCUUCCUCCACAAAGGUUCUUUCUGUAGAAACUAUUUUAACAUCCUGGACUUGGUGGUGGUCAGCGUGUCCCUCAUCUCCUCUGGAAUACAGUCCAGCGCGAUUAAUGUUGUAAAAAUCCUGAGAGUUCUGCGCGUGCUUAGACCACUGAGGGCCAUCAACAGAGCCAAAGGACUAAAGCAUGUAGUGCAGUGCGUGUUUGUGGCCAUCAGGACUAUUGGCAACAUCGUCAUCGUCACCACGUUACUCCAGUUCAUGUUCGCCUGUAUUGGAGUACAACUCUUUAAGGGAAAGUUCUUCUACUGUACCGACAACUCUAAGCAGACUCAGGCAGAGUGCAGAGGUUCUUUCAUCACAUAUAAAGACGGCGAUGUGGGGAAGCCUGACAAAGCCCCAAGAGUGUGGGAGAACAGUGACUUUAACUUUGAUGAUGUUCUACAAGGCAUGAUGGCACUGUUUGCCGUGUCUACCUUCGAGGGAUGGCCAGGGUUACUGUACCGAGCCAUUGACUCUCAUGCUGAGGAUGUGGGGCCCAUUUACAACUACCGCGUGGUCAUUUCCAUCUUCUUUAUCAUCUACAUCAUCAUCAUUGCCUUCUUCAUGAUGAACAUAUUCGUCGGUUUCGUCAUCGUCACAUUCCAGGAACAAGGGGAGCAAGAAUAUAAGAACUGCGAGCUGGACAAAAACCAGCGUCAGUGCGUGGAGUACGCUCUAAAGGCUCGUCCACUGCGUCGCUACAUCCCCAAGAACCCUUACCAGUACAAGGUGUGGUAUGUGGUCAACUCCACCUACUUUGAGUAUUUGAUGUUCACACUCAUCCUUCUCAACACCAUCUGUCUGGCCAUGCAGCAUCAUGGACAGACCAAAAAUUUCAAUGAUGCCAUGAACAUCCUCAACAUGCUCUUCACGGGACUUUUCACUGUUGAGAUGAUCCUUAAACUGAUCGCCUUCAAACCCAGGGGGUACUUUAGUGAUCCCUGGAAUGUGUUUGAUUUCCUCAUCGUAAUUGGCAGCAUAAUAGACGUCAUUCUCAGUGAAAUCAACCAUUAUUUUGUUGAUGCAUGGAACACAUUUGAUGCCUUGAUAGUUGUGGGUAGCAUUGUUGACAUAGCGAUCACUGAGGUUAACCCGGCUGACUCCUCCUCGUCCUCGUCCUCUUCGUCCUCCUCUUCCUCCUCUUCCUCCUCUCACCCCCCUGUGGUAAGGCCAAUGGGACUGCAGAACUCUGAAGAGAACGCCAGGAUCUCCAUCACCUUCUUCCGGCUGUUCCGCGUGAUGAGGCUGGUGAAGCUGCUGUCUCGCGGGGAAGGGAUUCGGACCCUGCUGUGGACCUUCAUCAAAUCCUUCCAAGCUCUGCCCUACGUAGCUCUGCUUAUAGUGAUGCUGUUCUUCAUAUACGCCGUCAUUGGCAUGCAGAUGUUUGGUAAGAUAGCUCUGCGGGACCACAUGCAAAUCAACAGGAACAACAAUUUCCAGACAUUCCCUCAGGCGGUGCUGCUGCUCUUCAGAUGUGCAACAGGUGAGGCGUGGCAGGAGAUCAUGCUGGCGUGUUCACCCAAACAGCCGUGUGAGAAAGGAUCAACCAAUGAAAGCAGCUCGUCCAAUGAGGACUGUGGCAGCCAGUUUGCCAUCAUUUAUUUUGUCAGCUUCUACAUGCUCUGUGCCUUCCUGAUCAUCAACUUGUUUGUGGCCGUCAUCAUGGACAACUUUGACUACCUGACGCGUGACUGGUCGAUCCUGGGGCCACAUCAUCUUGACGAGUUCAAGAGGAUCUGGGCUGAAUAUGACCCAGAAGCUAAGGGGAGAAUAAAACAUCUUGAUGUGGUGACUCUGCUCAGAAGAAUCCAGCCUCCCCUCGGGUUUGGAAAGCUCUGUCCACACAGGGUGGCUUGCAAGCGUCUGGUGUCGAUGAACAUGCCUCUGAACAGCGACGGAACAGUGAUGUUCAACGCCACACUGUUUGCCCUGGUCAGAACCGCACUCAGGAUAAAGACCGAAGGGAACUUGGAGCAGGCCAAUGAGGAACUGAGGGCAAUAGUGAAGAAGAUAUGGAAGAGAACCAGUAUGAAGCUCUUGGAUCAAGUAGUGCCCCCUGCUGGUGAUGACGAGGUAACAGUCGGGAAAUUCUACGCCACCUUCCUCAUCCAGGAAUAUUUCCGCAAGUUUAAGAAAAGGAAAGAACAAGGGCUGGUGGCCAAGGUGCCCCCCAAAACCGCACUCUCUCUGCAGGCGGGCCUGCGGACAUUGCACGACAUCGGUCCGGAGAUUAGGAGAGCCAUCUCCGGAGACCUAAAUGUGGAGGAGGAGCUGGAUAAAGGUGUAAAGGAGCCUGUGUCAGCGGCGUCAGAGGACGAUAUCUUCAGGGUAAAGCGCACAGGAGGGUUGUUUGGCAACCAUGUCAACUACUACAACCAGAGCGAUGGCCGUGGGUCCUUCCCGCAGUCUUUCACUACCCAGCGUCCCUUGCACAUCAGCCAAAAAGGGUCACCUUGUGAAGGCGAGAGCCCGUCUCAUGAGAAGCUCAUGGAUUCAACUACUUUCACCCCUUCCUCUUACUCCUCAUCAGACUCUAACGCCAACAUCAACAAUGCCAACAACACUGGCAUGGCCGGGGUGGCAACCCAGGGCAUCAGCCGAUUCCCGAGCCCAUCUAUAAGCACUGUGGAUGGGCACACCGGGCAGCCACUCACCCCCAUCCUGCUGCCAAGAUCUGCGUGGUGCUUUCCUCCAAAGAGGACGUGUUUUUAUGACAGCCUCAUGCGCUCAGACUCGUGUGACAGUCAUCUGCCAAUCAUCCGAAGAGGGGAGGGGUCAACAGAGGAGACAUACGACGAGAGCUAUGUUGAAGACAGGGUGUACCAUGAGGAUGACCACUCGCUCUCGUCUGACAUGCUGGUGUAUCACGAUGAGACUUGUAAGCAGUUGACUCCCAUGGAGGAAGCGGAGGAAGUCGACGACAGAAGAGGAGGAGGAGGGUGGCAGUCUCCCAGGAGAGUCUUCCUCUGUCCCACUUCUCUGGGGCGGAGAUCGUCCUUCCAUCUGGAGUGUCUCCGGAGACAGUCAAGGCCAGACGUCUCUCAGAAGACAGCUGUACCUCUACAUCUUGUACAUCAUCAGGCUCUGGCUGUAGCAGGGUUGAGUCCUCUGUUAAGACGGAGUCACUCACCGACCCUCUUCAGUCGGCUGUGCUCCACACCUCCAGCAAGUCCCACAGCUCAAUGCAGUGAUGCCUCCUACCAGCGAGUUCCCUCUCUGAGGCUAGAGGGCUCCAACUCCCAUGAAAAGCUCAAUACCAGCUUGCCGUCUGUCAACUGUGGCCCAUGGUACAAUGACAGUAAUGGGAAUAGCCCGGUGCCCAGUCCUAGCCCCACCCCUAGCAUGCCAGCGUCCAGUCAAAGGGCACCGAGGCCGGUGUCGCUCACUGUGCCGUCGCUGUUGGGGAAAGACUCCAGCUCGCUGUGUCACGGCAGCGCAGGCAGUCUAGUGGAGGCAGUCCUAAUAUCAGAGGGCUUGGGUCAUUUUGCUCAGGACCCCUCGUUCAUUGAGGCGACCAAAGCGGAGCUGGCUGAUGCCUGCGACAUGACCAUCGAGGAGAUGGAGCACGCCGCCAACAACAUUCUCAACGGCACCUCGCCCACAAACGCCACAUCCAGCACCUCCUCCACCUCUCAGCACAGCCCUAACGGCAACGUCCUCCCCUUCCACACAACAGCAACAGCAGCAGCAGCAGCAUCAACGCACAGGGACCGAGUGGUCGGCUUGAGUCCUAGUGAAGGUGGGGGAGAAGCCACAGGAAGUAGAGGCUCCAUACACGGCCCCUCCUCUAUAGAGGAGCGGCAGGAGCUGCUAGCCAGAGAGAGAAGACAAGAAGAAGAGGAGGAGGAAGAAGAGGAGGAGGCAGGAGGGAGGGAAGAGGGGCACUACAGAGGCUCGCUUGUGAUCGGAGGAGCACGACAGAGGAACAGCGGGCUGUUGGAGGACGAGGAUAUGGAGUGUGUGACAAGCUUAUAGGAGUCAAGUUAAUGGGUUCGAUCGACGAACUGGCCCCUCUGACAUCAUCAGAGACUGAUGCUUGUCAGGUGCUGCUUACAGCACCGCGGCUGGCUCUGUCUGUCCCCACCCUUCACAUACACACACACACAUACAAACACACUCUGUCGCUCUGGAGAGUGGCGGCCAGUGAUGCAACCUUAAACACCUGGUUAUGACUCUGUUAGUCUAUGAGUUAGUAUAUGGAUGGAUGUUUGCUGUAAAAGCGAUAUACUCUACGAGCGUGUGCUUACGCACGUUUGUCAGUGUGAUCUAGGAUUUUUUUCUAUCUGUGCGCGCAUGUGCGUGUGUUCUCCACACGUGUCUGAGUGUGUCUCUAAAGUGCCUCACAGUUUUAUCAUGUCCUCAAAGUGUUAAGCGCAGAAAAGUAGACACAAGCAAAAAAAAAAAGAAAAAAGACAAAGGGAAGUAUGACUGAAGGAAGGUAGACAAGAAACAACACAGCCAGGAAGUCCUUCCUAUGGUUCUCCUGCAGACAACAUAGUGUGUUUAAUGUUUUCAUUUCCUACGCCUACUUUGUGUUGUUGUUGUUUGUCUGGCCGCCAUGACACCAGGUAGGGGACAGCAGACCAGCUUUUGAAAGGGGUCAGUUUGGAUUACAGUCUGACCACACCCACUUGAGGUCAAAGGUCAACUCCUCCUCUUUGGUUCACUGAUGAUGAAGCGCUGUAUUGAGUAAAACAGGGAUGAAAAAAAGCCCUGUUUGAAAUCUCAUUUCUCCUCCUCUUCCAAAGCUAAGGAACCAUGGAGCACAGCCCUGCCAGCCUGGAGGUGGGAUUGAGGUGACACACCACCUCCAGCCAAUGGGGGGAGAAGGAUUUGAGGGAUGGUCCAACAGCCCCAAUAAGGCUGCAAUAGGGAUGGGGGGCCCAGGCAGAGGAAGACACUCUCUGGCCAACAGGAAGCUAGCCAGCUCUUUUUAUUUUUUUCCACCGCUGGUCAGGAAAACUCCAGCGAGAGACAAACUUGAAUCGUCUGUCAACGUGAUCUGGCUCCGCCUCCUCCGCCGCUUUUCCUCGUUUGGCCACACCCACUCUCUGCCCCGAACAGGAGGAGCACUGGGUGGCUAAGCAGAGACAGCGAGCCCCCCCUUUCUGCCUCAUACCUCGCCGUUCCUCACUCCUUCCUCCCUCCUCUUUGGUUACUUCACCAUCCCUCUCCCUCCAUCGCUGAGUCUUUUUGCUUUGUCAGCCCUCGGGGAGGCGUGCGUUUGUCGAACGGGGCAACAAAGAUGGCGGGGUGCGCGGGAGAACGGGAGUGAGCGAUUGAAAUGAAAAACAGGCUCUGCCGUCAAUCAAAGACACUUCCUUCUCCAGGACCCUCCUCUUCCUCUCAGCGUGGAAUCCUACUGGAUUUGCUGCCACACACGAUUUCUACAGACCACGCCCACUAUGUAUUUAACAGUUCAAUAUUGUGCAAAACUGGCUAGCCAUGACUAUUUUUGUUUUAUAUUCAUGAUGUUAUUGGUUUAAUUUAUCCUUGAUUUGUUUGCACAAUCGGGGUGCUGGUCUUAUAAAUGUAUUUUUGCUCGGUUUAUUUUAGGAGAAAUUUUAAGAGGUUUUAAGUAACGAAGCAGGGCGUAGUGUUUGUGUGCGAGUGCAUAACUAUAUUUGUGCGUGCGGAUGUGUGUCUGCGUUUUAGUACAGGAUGUAUGAAUGCGUGAGAUAGAGUGUGUAUCUUUAAAAAAAAAUUGGGGAGGGGGGGUCUUUCUCUCUAUCAGUAUGCACCUUUUACAGAUUGUAUCUAUUUAUUUAUUUAUUUUUUUCCCAGAAGAGAAAAAAUGUGUGCGUGUGUGUGUGUGUGUGUGUUUGAGUGAUUUACUUGUGUAUUCUAAAAGCUGAUUUUAAGCCUAGACAGUAAAUUAAGGUAGCAUUACAAGUAUGGUCUUGUUUGUUUGUAUGUACGUGAGGGUGGGUGUGUGUGGGUACGUGUGUGUAUGUGUGAUAAUGGGCCUCCUUAACACAGGGUUACCAUGGACAGGCAUGCUUCCAAAGCUUUGUGAUUUCAUUAGCAAGAUUUUUACUUUUUAGCCAAGCUGCAGACUCAGAAGCUGCUCUGUCUUCAACAACUAGUUUUUGCAUAACUUUUCUUUAUUUCCCCACUCAGAGGUACUUAAUUGUAAGAUCUCCAGCAAGGUCAGAGUGAAUUAUAGAUCUUUCAGGCAUUGCAAUUUUUCCAGACGGUAAGAAGCCUUUUGGCAAGUUGCUGUUUUUCUUAAUCAUGGCGGUUGUUGCUCUGAAUUUUAGAAGUCCCCUUAUUCAUAGCGGCACAGUGACAACUCGUAAAGGAACUCAGAGUGGGGGUGGUACCCCGCGUAUCACACAUUACACGACCAUUUGAGUUUAAACUCCAAAUUAACUUUUAGGGCUGGUGUACAGAUGCUGCAAGACUUCUGAAUCACACAUCUUUAUAUGAGGCUCGUAUCAUAAAAUGUAUUUUUUUAUCAGGGAUGGUUUCAGAGAUAAAACCGACUUCCUGUUUGUGAUAUUUAUGAUUUACUGGUAAAGACAGUUUUGCAGAAAAAAUUAGCAUACAAGCAGGAAAUUUUACUGAUAAUUAUUAGACGAUGAUAAUUGUUUGGUUAAUGUGAUAAAUUAUUAGAUAGAAAUCACAAAGCUUACAUUUUGGAUGGAAAUUGUAUCCUAAGCUACUUUUUUUCUUUAUAAGUAGCCUGAAAUUUUUUGAUGGAUCGUUGUCUUUUUUAACUCGAUCCUUGGGCAUAGUUUGAAUACACUGAAAGUACGACCACUGCAAGGUAUUUCAUUCAAGCCUCAGCAUUUUACACAGGGCACAGGUCUCACUUCGGUACUGUACCGUCUCCAAAAGCAUUCCUGACAUCCAAAAUUGGUACCAACUGCCACAUGUAUUAUUAUUAUUUCUACAAUUUAAUAGUAUUUAAAAGUGAAAUCGAUAAAUAUGCAGAAUGUGUGCAGGUAAAAAAUAAAAGGGGAACAGAUUCAUGAAAUUCAGUCUUAAAAAUUUCAGAAUCAGAGAAACUUUAUUAAUCCAAGAGGGAAAUUGAGUCCCAGAGGGACGAAGAUGAAGCUUAUUAUCAGUUUUAUUUUCCAAAAACUAAGCAUCUUCCACCUACACUGUAAGUCCCUUAAAUACAGGUUGCCAAUGGCCUAGCAGAUGGAUUCUCAAAUAGGGAGAAAUCCAAUUGGUGUUAACAGCACUUUCAAAAUGCAAAGUACACCAGGAGAAUAGCAAAAGUCACCAAACAGUGCAUCUUCAUGUUUUGGUUAUGACAUUAAUGAGUCAUUUUAAACCUAAAUCACAAGUUUCUCUAGUUAAUUCCAAGACAAAUUUGAAUACACUGCAAAAGCCUUUGCCAUUUCAAGUCAUCAGCGAUGUUGAACGACCACCUAGAGACACUUGUAUGUCUUAACUUACGGCCAUUCGUUUCUGUUUAAUUUACCAUUAAGGACUUACUGUCGAGCUCUAAUUCCUUCAUGUUAAGCAGAGCAGCUUUGUGGCAGGGAAGGGAGGUAUGCAUGGACACACUGCCAUACACUGCGUCCUGUGCCAGUACCAGACUUCUGACAUUAUUAUGCAAACUAAAUGUGAAUGUUGAGUAUGUUCUAGUGGCAGUGAUGAUGUUGUUUUGUGGUUAUGACACUGCAAACUCUGAAAAAGUCUGUUUUGUCAAAAGGAAUUAACCCUCCUAACUUAUCCCCCC